AUGGCAACUUCUCAACAAGCAUCACAAAGUAGUGUGGCUGAUAUCACUGGUCAAUUCACUGGAGGUUAUUUUAAAAUAGAUCAUCGUGAUACAAAUACGCUUUUAUCUGUAACAUUAACAGCUAAUACUGUAUUUUAUGCUCAACCUGGAGCUAUGGUAGCCAUGAGUCCAGACGUAACACUCAAGGGUAAAUUUAAAUUUUCUUUCAAAAAAAUGUUAACUGGCGGUGAAAUGUCUCAAUCAACAUAUACAGGACCUGGUGAAAUUUUAUUUGCACCAGCUAUUUGGGGUGAUAUUGUGCCUAUUUACAUGGAUGGUAAUAUUCAAUGGAAUGUUGGUAGAGGUGGUUUUUUAGCAAUGACAGAUGGUGUAAUAAAAGAAACAAAAUCCCAAGGAUUAGGCAAAGGAAUGUUUUCAGGUGAAGGCUUUUUUGUUAAUCGAAUAUCUGGUGUCGGUAUUCUUUUUGUUACAUCACUUGGUGCAAUUGUACAACGAAAUUUAAAACAAGGAGAACAAUGGAUUGUUGAUAAUGGACAUUUAGUUGCAUGGAAUUGUUCAUAUACCAUUGAAAGAUCAGGUGGUGGUCUUAUCAGUGGAAUGCAUGCAGGCGAAGGACUCGUGUGUCGAUUUACAGGACCUGGAACAGUAUUCAUUCAAACUCGAAAUCCUGAAGCUCUGUCAGAAUGGAUAGCAAGUCAUAGACCAGCAAGUUAA